AUGGAGCCAACUUACACAGUGGAUGGCAAUGGAGACACGCUGCUCAUACUCUAUGACCCCAAUCGACCGUUCGAAGCAGUGGACGAUGAUGACUUGUGGGACAAUCAUUUGCCACUGUAUGACGACUUCAACGUCUAUAAGAGUCGUUUGCUAGAUGACAAAAGGGAGCAUCAUCUUCGAGAAGCCAGCGUCAACCAUCCACCACCAAAGAAUCCAGGAAAAGAAGUGUCAUGGCGGGUUUCUUUAAGGAAGCUUAAGAGCGCAUCUAUGACUUUUCAAAUCCUUGCAGCCGAAAACCGGAAGGAGGACGAGCUGUUCGAACAGGGCUACAAAUAUACCAUUAGAGCCGAAGGAUGGAGCGCACAGGCAUUGCAUAAACUAAUACUUAGGAGCCAUGGUGAGGAUGCUGGCCUUUAUGAACUACAAAGCAAUCCCAAGCUCUGUGCUCAGCUAGCUGUCGUUGUUGAUGAGUACCAAUGCCACAAUUUGUUCCAGUUACGCUUUCCGGUAGUGACUGGGCGUUAUCCCUACAACGAGAACCUUUUAUUCUGGCUCUUUUCGUCUUGGGUGUUUCGAGAUGAGGCCAAUUUCAGGGAGUCUUCCAAAGCCAUUAUAAUACAGACCAGAGGCCGUAUGCAUACCUUGGGUAUGCCAAUCCCAGAGUCUCUCAUUAGUAAGUACCUAUCUAACCUAUAUGUAACGAAAUUAUCUGUGCGCCCGACUGCCAGUGCCGUCGUUAGUAUCUGAU